ACUCACUGUAAAACAAUGGUAUCCUUCCGCUUCCCCUUCUCGUUUACUCAGCCUCCAACUCCGCCCCCCUCCGCCGCCUCCAAUGCCUCGCCUCGCCCCUUAUCUCUCGCACUCUCCGUCGCCGCCGCCGCUUUAUCGAUCGCUGGAUCUGGCAUUGCCAUCUCACAGAACCCCGACAGCCCGCUUGCUCGAACCGCAUUGAAUUACUUGGUUUCUAAUAGAGGUAGCCUUUGCCCGAUGUGGGGCUCUCUUUAUCUCUCCGGAAAUGCGUCGCCGGUCUCUGAGCCGAGGACUGGAGCGUCAUUUCCUUCUGUUCUCAGAGAUUCCCAGCGGCUUCUCGGAAUUGGCCUGCGGAGAAAAGCCGUUUUAGGGUUGAAGAACAUCGAUGUCUAUGCUUUUGGUGUAUAUGCUGAUGAUGCCGAUGUAAAGAAGUUUCUUGGUGAGAAAUAUAGAGAUGUUUCUGCUACGGAAUUAAAGGGAAAUGAAAAUUUGAAGGAGGAUCUUAUGGAGUGUGAUGUUAGUAUGACUAUUAGGCUGCAGAUUGUGUAUGGAAGAUUGAGCAUUCGUUCUGUUCGUAGUGCUUUUGAAGAGUCUGUAGGCAGCAGAUUACAGAAGUUUGGGGGAUCGGAAACCAAAGAACUGCUACAAAGAUUCACAGCUCAAUUCAAAGACGAAUAUAAACUACCCAAGGGCUCCAUCAUUGAUCUGUCUAGGGAGCGGGACUAUGUUCUUCGCACAACUAUUGAUGGAAAGGAGGCUGGAUGCAUCCAGAGCAAGCUCUUGUGUCGAUCAAUCCUGGAUCUGUACGUUGGCAACGAACCAUUUGAUCAACAAGCCAAACAAGACGUCGUGGUGAGCUUGGCUUCUCUCUUGGGAAAAUAGAUGGUUCUGAUCUCAAGUCUAAAUUACAGUUUGAACUAUCUAAAAAAGCCAUCUGUAUUGAGGGAUGUAGCUGUAGAAUAAAUUUGCAUGGUUAAAAGAAUUUAUAUUUAGUUUUGAUGGCUAUACUUGUUCUUGAUGAUUAAUGGAGUACUAAAUUUAUUAG